UGACUAUCACCUCUGCUGACUUACCAACUGACAACAUCCACCCUCAUCUUCAGUCCUCAUCUUCUGCGUCCGAAGGUCACGGUGCGGGUCGAGCGUGCACACUUUGGGGGAAAGUGUGUGCGCGUGCGUGCGUGUGUGUGUGUGAGAGCCAGUAUGCCAUGUCGUCCCCCGGCUCGUCGUUUGUGCAGAUAAAGCAUGAGGACCUGCUCUACUAUGAGAACUGUGGAGGAGGCAGCUUCGGGAGUGUCUACAGGGCCCUCUGGAUAUCCCAGGACAAGGAAGUGGCAGUAAAGAAGCUUCUCAAGAUUGACAAAGAGGCUGAGAUUCUCAGUGUCCUGAGUCAUAAGAACAUCAUUCAGUUUUAUGGAGCCGUGCUGGAAUCUCCCAACUAUGGCAUCGUCACAGAAUAUGCCAGUGGAGGGUCUCUGUAUGAGUACCUGUCCAGUGAGCAGAGCGAGGAGAUGGACAUGGAGCAGAUUAUGACGUGGGCCAUACAGAUGGCGAAGGGAAUGCACUACCUCCAUGCAGAGGCUCCCAUCAAAGUUAUCCACAGGGACCUCAAGUCACGGAACGUGGUCAUGACAGCAGAGAAAGUGCUUAAGAUUUGUGACUUUGGUGCCUCAAAGUUCUUGUCCCACACCACCCACAUGACUGUGGUGGGCACUUUUCCUUGGAUGGCUCCCGAGGUCAUUCAGAGCCUGCCCGUUUCUGAGACCUGUGACACAUAUUCAUAUGGCGUGGUGCUGUGGGAGAUGCUGACUCGUGAAGUACCUUUCAAGGGCUUUGAGGGGCUGCAGGUUGCAUGGCUGGUGGUGGAGAAACAGGAGAGGCUUACCAUCCCCACUAGCUGUCCAGCAAGUUUUGCAGAGCUGAUGAGGAAGUGCUGGCAAGCCGAGUCAAAGGAGCGUCCGCAGUUCAAACAGGUGCUGGUAACCUUGGAGACGAUGGCAAACGAUAGUAGGCUACCUGACCAGUGCAACUCCUUUCUGCAUAACAAGGACCAGUGGAGGUGCGAAAUCGAGUCGACCCUGGAGCGCCUUCGGAAGCUGGAGAGGGAGCUCUACUCCAAGGAGAAGGAGCUGGAGGAGCGGGAGAGGCGGCUCCGGCUGUGGGAGGAGAGGCUGAUGGAGAGGUCCAACAUGACUCCCAGCCCCACCUCCUUACUCAUGGAUCGCUCCAACAUGUCACCGUUCUUCACACCAAUGUCCAUCGGUUCCUCUGAUUCUUUCUUCCGCUCGCACUCUCAAGACUCCAACAGUGUGGGGGUCAGCAGUGCCGGCGUUAGCUGCCUCCUCCGCACCCUCAGCAACGGCGACAGCGAGAGGGGUGGCGGCAGCGCGGUUCUGGAGCGGGGGGUGGGCUCUCUGGACAGCGGGCGGCUGCACGUCAUGCUACGAGGCUUGCAGGGGAGGUUCGGAGAGGAGGACAAGGAAGAGGAGGGCACCUUGGAGGAGAAGGGAUGGGGCCAGAGGGAUGAAGGCGGGAGUAUGGAGGGAGGAAGAGUGCAGGUGACGCUCCGGAGCUACCCGGGGGGGAGACUGGAGCGGGAGGAGAGGACGUGGGAGGAGGGGGACACGGAAAGAGGGGGGAUGCAGAGAAGCAGGGUGACCACCUUCGUCCGAGGCUUCUCGGGUGGCUUCGGAGAAGCGGAAGGGGAGACAGACGGAGGAUGGGAGGCGGAAAAAGUGGAUGAGGGAGGGCUUGAAGGAGGGAGGCUUCCCGCUAUGUUUAAAGGUCUCACUGGCACUUUAGGCGGCUUGGGGGAUAUGCUGUCCUUGGACGGCAUGGGGGAGAUGGACAGGCUAGGCGACAUGGACAUGAACAUGGGGGACUUGGGCGUGGUGAAGGUCAGGAGUGAGAUGGGGGUGAGGGGUCACUCGGGGGUGCAGGUGAGCAUGCGGGCCUCCUCCAAUCAGAACUCUGUGAAGAGCUGCAGCGUGCGACACGGAUCCAAAGUCAACAUGGCCACCGCCGCCAUGGACAUGAUGGAGCUCGACUGGUCCGAUAGUGAUUAGAAGAGACGUGAUGACGGCAUGAACGACAUCUGUAUGUGCAUUCAGUUACAAAACUGAGCAAACACACAUUUUAUUUGUUUAAAUGUUCGUUUUUUUUUUUUUUUUUAUCAAAACAAUAAACUAAACCAUCGUCUAUGUACUGUGAAGAGAGAAGAAACAAUUACUGUUAAUGAUGAAGGCUUCACCUGUGUAAUUUACUACCACAUAACAUACUGUAAGAAGUGUCUGUAUUGAUUUUCUGCUUUGUAUGUAGAUUAUAGUAGAUUUUGAAGAGC